AUGCCUAGCGUCGUCGAAACCGUUCAGGCCACUGAGUCUGUCUUCACCCCCAAGGUGAAGGCGAAACUCGCGGCCCAUGCCGAAAAGGCAUCCCGCGACUUCCGCUCUGACGUGGUGACUGUCCCAACCGAGGACAUGAUGAACGCCAUCUUGAAUGCCUCGGUCAACGACGACAUCUACGAUGAAGAGGGCGACGCGUCUGUCAAGUCCCUUGAGCAGAGGCUUGUGGAAAUGACCGGCAUGGAGGCCGCGCUGUGGGCUGUGUCUGGAACUCAGGGCAAUCAGAUUUGUCUACGAACGCACUUGACCCAACCACCUCACACUGUUCUUCUCGACCACCGCGCCCAUGUCCAUUGCUGGGAGUCCGGUGCCCUUCCCGUCAUUUCUCAGGCUUCUGCUACGACUGUUCGGCCUAAGAAUGGGGUCCAUCUUACCCUUGAGGACGUCAAGCUGAACAUUAUCCUCGACGGAAACAUUCACUUCCCCCCUACUCGUGUUGUGUCCCUAGAGAACACGCUAUUCGGUACCAUCCUCCCUCUUGCCGACGCACAAGCUAUCUCCAAGUAUGUUCGAGCGCUUCCUGUUCCCGAGGGUCAAAAACCUGUUGCGAUGCACCUCGAUGCUGCUCGACUCUUUGACGGUGUUAUCGGCGAGGGCGUUGACCUGAAGGCGUAUGCAGCCUGCUUCGAUAGCAUGUCGAUAUGCCUGGCUAAGGGUAUUGGUGCCCCCAUGGGAAGCAUCAUUCUUGGCAAGAAGUCGUUUAUCGAACGAGCCAAGUGGUUCCGCAAGAUGCUUGGUGGUGGCACGAGGCAGCCUGGUAUGAUGGCUGCAGCGGCACUCGCUGCGUUGGAGUACAGCAUUCCGCGCUUCCCUUCGGUCCACAACAUGGCUCGAUCCGCUGCUUCAGAAAUCGAGGCGAUUGGGUACAAGUUUUCUCUUCCGGUCCAGACCAACAUGAUUAUUCUGGACCUUGACGCUGUUGGGAUCCCGGCCUCAGCAUUUGUCGAGUAUUGCGCGCGCGAGAAGGUGGCUGUUUUCCCGAUGGCGAGAAUUGUCUUUCAUCAUCAGACUUCAGAGACUGCCGUCAAGAGCCUCGUGAGUGCUCUGUCUAAGCUCAUGAAAGAUAAGAACAACGGCGUGGCUUUGGAGGAUAAGAAGGUCAGCGGAGGAUACAGCUGA